AAGUAGAUAUUUAUUUAUCCUAACAUUCGCUGUGUGGCUUCUUAGGGCUUGUGAGAAAUAGUUUUAUUGGCGUUUCUCGCAGAAGACAGGUUCACCGAUUAUCUACGUGCCGCCAGGUAAUGCUUCGCAAUAUAACGUAAUUGAGAUGUAUCAUUUUAAAUCGUAUCUUAAUCAUACAAAUUUCAUUACAAAUGUUAUUGGUACUUUCUUGGAGUAAGUUUAAUCGUUUCUAAUCCCGCAAACGUUUACUUGUUAUAACUUCCCAUUUCAGAAGUCAUUGUGGCGGAUGUAGGCGGUAAAGCGGAAAAACGAUUUCAAAGUAUUUGUUUAUAAAUAAGAACUGAUAUGAAAACACUGUUGAAUGAUGUUUUACAUUAUUCAUAUAUUGGAAUAACGUUUUGUAUAACGUCAAUAAGCAGAAUAAAAGGGGUCUAAAUAAAAUAUUAAGGAUAUAAGUAAAAUAUUUAUUCCGCUGCUGAAACUUUAUAGUUUAUUUUGAAGGAAACAAUCGACCGGAUGCUGUCCGAAUUACUUUUUUAUUUAUAUCCCAUCAGACUGGACAGCACCACACGCUGGGUUUUUAUCAAAGAUCCAUGUCAGCGAUGAAGGGAGGGCACGUCCCAAUAAAGUGACCCAACACCGCUGAAGUGUGGUAUUGAUAGUCAAUGUUGCCUGUGUGUUCUGCUGCUAUAACGUAAUUAGAAUCUAGAGUAAUUUUUAGCAAGGAAGUGAGUCCGGGUCCAAGCCUACGGUCAAACUGCGGCGGUGAAUGUUUUAUUCAUUGGCCGACGGUUAAGUUCAGCCGAGUCAGCAGGUUAACGAGGUGCAGAGGCACAUGACCUAUCAUUGUUCGCCUGAAACUUUCUCCGCACUUCCACUGCUCGUUCAUCUGCAAUCAUGGCAAACACAGACUCUGUCAGAAUUCGUGUUUUCUCCCUGAACUGCUGGGGGAUUCGUGUCCUCAGUAAACAGUGUGGGCAGCGCUACACUAUGAUUGGAGACAUGUUGUGUAAAGAAGAACACGAUAUUGUCCUGUUGCAAGAGGUGUGGAGUGAGAAGGACUUCCUGUUCCUGAAAAAGAAACUCUCCUGCAGCCACCCGCACUCAAGUUACUUCAAAAGUGGAGUCAUAGGAAGUGGCCUGGCCCUGUUCUCCAAACACCGAAUCCAUGACACAUUUCUUUAUCGCUUCUCACUCAACGGCUAUCCCUACAUGGCCCACCAUGGAGACUGGUUUGGUGGUAAAGCUGUGGGGAUGGCUGUUGUAAACAUCAGAGGUCUGACCGCUCAUGUCUACGUCACACAUCUGCAUGCAGAAUACUGCAGAGAGAAGGACUCGUAUCUACCUCACAGGGUGGUUCAGGCCUGGGAGCUGCAGAAGUUUGUCAGACACACGUCGGUUGGAGCAGACCUGGUCAUUCUAGGUGGUGACCUCAACAUGCAUCCUCAGGACCUUGGAACCAGACUGCUGAGGUCAUACACCGGACUUCGAGAUUCCUAUGUAGAAACUGAAAAAUUUGAUGGCUGUGAAGGUGGAGUCACUCUGAUAGCUGACAAUCCUUUCACCAAUAAGAAGGAACUCAUUCCUUUUGAGACAGGAAUCAGAAUUGACUACAUCUUAUUCAAAGGUUCCUCUAAAGUAGACCUUCAUUGUGACUCCAUGGUCACCACCAAAGGCUCCAUCCCUGAUCAUCCUUUCCCAUAUUCUGAUCAUGAGGCUCUGACCUCUGAACUCAGAUUGGAGCAACAUGCGGCACAGGAGACAAGAAAAGACCAGCACUAUGAUGAUAAGGAUACCAACGCAGCACGAGUGGCUGAGUUGGUGGACAUCGUGACAGAAGCACGCACUGAAGUCAAGGUCGGUCUUCACUGUGCCGAGAGGAUGCGCUUUACUGCCACCCGCACCGGAAUUAUGGGUCUGGCUCUGUUGAUCCUGGAGCUUGCCAUCGCUGCCGUGCCCUGGUUGGCCCUGGGAGCUGAGCAGCCUUUCCCCCUAACCUCCUUCUACCUGCUGGCGGCGCUGUGUUUCGCCAUUUUGCUCACCACCUUCAUGCUGUACAUCUUCUACACCAUGGAGCUGAAGUCCCUGCAGGGGGCCGAAGACCAGAUGAGGCUGGCUGUGGGUAGUCUGCAGGAGAACCUGAGAGGGUUUCCUCUGGCUCAGCCUCAGGACUCACAAAGGAAGCCUCCGGAAGGUCUUAGUGCGGUUAGUGCCGUAGAACCAGAGGAGUAGAGUCAGAGCGACCUCAGUUUAACGAAGCCUGACGAAGUCAGAUUUAAGAAUCCAUAAUCUUUCUCUUUUCUCAUUUCUGUAGAAAUGUAGAUUUUUACUGUGGAACACAGAAGUUAGCGGUAAAUGAAGAACAGUUUCGAUGCCUGACACAAUCUUGACAUGCGUUAUCUUUUCUUUUAUACAUUUAUAAAUUUGACCUACUGUAGAUCAUCGUAUAUUAGAUUAGAGCCACAUGGAUUUUAUUUUUACAGACCUAGAAAUAAAGUCAGACAUCUGAUUUCAGAUUUCAAAAAUUAAAUUCACGUCUGACAUUAUUGCAGUCUACUGUAAUAUUUAACACUGUAUUUCAGUUAUAUUAAAAUACCAGAGUUGUUAUAGUAAUGAUAAUGAUAUGAUGUAAUUUUAAAAAAAGUUAAAUUAAUAAUACAAAGUAUAUUUACAAAUUUAAAUGAAUACAUGUAUUCUAAAUAAUAUGAAACAUUAAUAGUAUCAAAUCAUCAAAUACAAAUACUUUUAUACAAAUGACAGUUUAAUGAUUUGAAAUCAAAAAAUGUUUGUCUUUGAGUUAGAAAAGAAAGUCUGUAAAUUAUUAAUUUUUUUUUUAUUACUAAAUUAUGGUGUGGAGUUGCUGACAGUAGCCUGCAGGUUAAAAAGGACAGAUUUCUUUUUAUUCCAUGUGGCUUUAAUUCUAAUGGAUUAACUUCUAUGCAAACACAUUGCUUCCCAGACAGUCAGUCAUGUCUGUACUGCUGCUUUUACUUAAAGGUCACAAGCAUAUGACCCUCAAUGUGUUUCUAAGCUUCAGGUCCGACAGCAUUCCAUCCACUAGAAUCAUCCCAGGAUCUUUAUCACCUCUUACGUUUCCAUUUUUGUUUUCACCUAAUGCAGUUGAACACGUACAACCAGAGUGGGUCCAGGCUGUGAUACUGCAGAGUAGUAUUAUUAAUAUACUAAUAUACUGUUUGUACACAACAAACCAAUACUCCAUUAGUUUGGAAGUUUACAUAUAGAUCACGGUUUAUUUAUUUUCUUUGCCUGGCAUUAUAUUAAUAUUUUAGAGAAUAAUAAACUAGAAUAGACUUCCAUUCUAGUUUAUUCUAAAGUUUUUUAAUACUACAAAGUGUUUUUCUGCUCUUUUUUUUAUUUCAACACAUCUGUUCAUGUUGUUUGCUUUUGAAAAGCUGCAGAGAAUGAAGUCCUUGCUGUGAUGUGCACUGAUUUGACUGAAAAAAACCCGGUUGUUCCAUUUCAUUUCCACGUUGGCCCCAGCUAACAAAGAUUAUUUUGUCAUAAUGUGAAAUAAUGCUUCAGCGUUGAUUUUAUUAUGAUCUUUAGACUUUGAGAAGAAGAAGCCUGACUUUCAUUCCACCAGAACAGCUGUACCUGCAUAUAGUUUGUGACAGCAAUAAUAAAUAUAAAUAAAA